UUACGUCAAGUCACUUAAAUUUGUGAAUUUACUUUUGUGAAAUCUAUUCUUAGCUGUAGCAGUUCUCGUACUAUCUUAGUUCCAUCCCCUAUUAGAGGACAAGGAAAAUUAUAAAAGCGAGUUUUGGUACUUAUGGAACGUAAGUUACGUGACGCGGCUUGCGAUCUUUGUGGUUAAUAAAUUAGGAAAUGCAGAAGACGUGCAUUACUCUUUGAGAGACAUGCAAUAUCAAAUAUUCGUUUGGUAAGAUCAAAUUUUGCACCAUCAGACCAUAUCUACGGCUUUAAACUUCGUUUUUGUAUGGAGUUCGGACGAUGAAGUUGUGGGUCAAACGCCGAAAGUUGGACCAUGCAUUUUUAUAGCAUAAUCCAUGUCUAAACAUGAUCUGAGUUUUAUGAUCUGUGUAAAAUGAGGCAUGAAAUCUCCCAGUCUGUGUUUUUUUUUGGGACGUGCAUCGUGGGGGGCACUUAGACGUGUAGGGUGGGUUAUUAGAUUAGUUUUACCGGUUAAACACUCCAACCGAGUUUCCCGCGGAACAGAAGAACGUCUGCCUUUCCCACGAAACAGAGACACAUCCGAGGAAGUUAGAGAGGAACGACUUUUUGCUUCCCCUGUUUCCAGAUAUCUUCCCAUUAUUUCACAAUUUAUUUUUCUCGGUCUCUGUCUGUAUCGAUUGUACUUUUCGUCGGCUCUUGUCGGAUCUUUUGGAUCCCAGGAGCUAUUAUAUUCUGAGGAAUUCCUCUUUCAUUUGCUCUGCAUGGGGUUUUGAAAUCGCUGCAACCACAACUUGAAGAAUGUUCUGCUGUGGAGGUACGGAGGAGGAAAUCCACGGUCUCCCAGCUAACCAAUAUACUGCACCACCCAGAGGCGAAGAUUCAUAUGGUAUCGGGAGAGGAGAGCCAAGGGGUUCCAACAUAGUCAAAAGUGGAGCUCCUCAGAAAGUAUUACCCAUUGAAACACCAGCUAUAUCAUUGGAUGAGUUGAGUAGGUUGACCGGCAACUUCGGCGCAAAGGCUUUGAUUGGAGAAGGUUCUUAUGGCAGGGUAUUCCAUGCAAAGCUGAGUAAUGGUCAGGCUGCUGCAAUAAAGAAGUUGGAUACCAGUUCAUCACAAGAGCCAGACUCAGAUUUUGCAGCUCAGUUAUCAACAGUUUCAAGGCUUAAGCACGAGCAUUUUGUUGAGUUAAUCGGGUAUUGUCUGGAAGCAAAUAAUCGAAUCUUGGUACAUCAGUUUGCGACUAAGGGUGCUUUACAUGACAUAUUACACGGGAGGAAAGGUGUAGAAGGGGCUGCACCUGGUCCUGUUUUAAACUGGAACCAAAGAGUUAAGAUUGCCUACGGGGCAGCCAAAGGCCUCGAGUUUCUGCAUGAAAAGGUGCAGCCUUCUAUAGUUCAUCGUGAUGUCAGAUCUACCAAUGUCCUGCUUUUUGAUGACUACCUGGCGAAAAUUGCCGAUUUUAACUUGUCAAAUCAGUCUUCUGAUACGGCAGCUCGGCUGCAUUCAACUAGAGUCUUGGGAACAUUUGGCUACCAUGCUCCAGAGUAUGCAAUGACAGGGCAGAUAACUCAGAAAAGUGAUGUUUAUAGUUUUGGAGUUGUUCUUCUGGAGCUCUUAACUGGAAGAAAGCCUGUAGACCAUACAAUGCCCAAAGGGCAGCAGAGUCUUGUUACUUGGGCAACUCCAAGAUUGAGCGAGGACAAAGUGAAGCAAUGUGUUGAUCCCAAGCUCAACAAUGACUACCCACCAAAGGCAGUUGCUAAGUUGGGAGCAGUAGCAGCGCUCUGUGUUCAAUAUGAGGCAGACUUCCGGCCAAACAUGACAAUCGUUGUCAAGGCUCUCCAGCCACUUCUUAACUCAAAACCAGCAGGCCCAGACUCUCAUGCCUAAUAUAAUUACCUCAGAAUCAGACAAACAUGUCUUCUGCAUCAUGUAACUUUUUCCUUGUUUCUCGGAGCCUUUUUUUAUUAUUAUUAUAUAUUAUUCUGAAAUGGAUGAAGAACAGUAACAACCAUAUAUGUUCUGUCUGACCUCCUGUGAAUUUCCAAUCAUGGAUCGUGUGGAUGAGAAAUGUAGUUCUAUAGUCUUGAAUUCCUCGAAA